CUGAGCCCGCGGGAGCGCGGCGGGGACCUGGCCCGCUUCUACACGGUGACCGAGCCGCGGCGGCACCCCCGCGGGCACACCGUCUACAAGGUCACGGCGCGGAUUGUUUCAAGGAAAAAUCCAGAGGAUGUCCAGGAGUCUCUUACCACAGUUGAGGAGAACCCGGAUAGUUGAUGAAAGAAGAGCCCAUAAAUGAAUUCAUUGCAUCUCUGUAUGGUCAAACAUGAGUUACUGAUUAGUGGCUUGGCAGAGAUAGUCGUUUGGAAGAGAUACAGUGACUUUAAGAAACUGCACAAAGAUCUCUGGCAAAUUCAUAAAAACCUAUGCAGACACACAGAACUCUUUCCGCCUUUUGCCAAAGCCAUAGUAUUUGGACGAUUUGAUGAAACCGUGAUUGAAGAAAGAAGGCAAUGUGCUGAAGAUCUGCUGCAGUUUUCUGCUAAUAUCCCUGCUCUCUAUAACAGCAAACAGCUUGAGGAGUUUUUUAAGGGUGGAGAGGUUCAUGAUGGGUCUGAACUGAUUGGUCCUGUUGAGCCUGCAUCCGACUCUCUGACUGACAACCUGUCUGACUGCAGCUCUGAAGUUCGGAAGGAUUUAAGUGGGCUCGAUGAUGUGACGCUCACAAGCCAGUCGGAAUGUGGAGGCUUCUCCAGUGACAGUGACCUGAUCUCUCUGACAGUUGAUGUAGACUCUCUUGCCGAGUUAGAUGAUGGAAUGGCAUCCAACCAAAGUUCUCCCAGUAGAGCUGUUGGCUUUUGCCUUACUUCUGAGCCCCCAGUACAAAGCACGGUGGUAUCCGAGCAGGAGUGGACCAAACCUGAAGGAGAGAAGGAAAGCCAUAGUCUGUUUACUGGAAGCUUAAAACCCAAGUCUGGCAAACAAGAUUACUUGGAGAAAGCAGGCGAGCUGAUAAAGCUGGCCUUGAAGAAAGAGGAGGAAGAAGAUUAUGAAUCUGCCUUCAGCUUUUAUAGGAAGGGUGUUGAUCUGCUUCUGGAAGGUGUGCAAGGUGAAUCAAGUCCAACUCGCCGAGAAGCAGUGAAAAGGAAGACAGCAGAAUACCUUAUGCGUGCUGAAAAAAUUUCCAGUCUGUACCAUAAAUCCUCUGAAGAUGCAUCUGUUUCUAUGCCUCCAGGAUCACUAAGUUCAAGGCCCUCUUGGAACCUAAGGAGCCCUGCCGAGGAACUGAAGGCCUUCAGAGUCCUUGGGGUGAUUGACAAGGUUUUGCUUGUAAUGGACACAAGAACACAGCAGACUUUUAUACUGAAGGGUCUAAGGAAAAGUAGUGAGUACAGCAGGAGCAGAACGACCAUCAUCCCCCGCUGUGUGCCCAACAUGGUGUGUCUGCACAAGUACAUCAUCUCCGAGGAGUCUGUCUUUCUCGUGUUACAGCAUGCAGAAGGAGGAAAACUGUGGUCUUAUGUCAGUAAGUUCUUAAACAGAAGCCCUGAAGAGAGCUUUGAAAUCCCUGAACCCCAAGCAUGCAGCUCAACUAAAAUUCACCUGGAGCGGCCAACGCCUAGUCCUAAAGAAAUCGGUAGCAGCACUGAUUCCAGAGAAAGCUACGGGGAGCACAUGCUGAAGGUGAUCCCGCUGAAGAGCAGCCGAACGCCGAGCUCUCAGGAUGACAGCAGCAACCAGGAAGAUGGCCAGGAGAGUUCCAAGUGGAUGGACUCAGUGUCCAGCUCAGAAGAAGAGUGCACUACUAGUUAUUUAACGUUAUGCAACGAAUAUGGGCAAGAAAAAAUUGAUUCUGGCUCUUUAAAUGAGGAACCUGUGGUAAAACUGGAGAAUGAAGGUAUGAAUACCAAAGAGAGAAGUUCCUCACAGAAACGCACUGUUGUUGGCGGUGAUAGCUUCAGCUCUCAGCUUCCAUCUCAGGAACUAAAGCUUUUCAUUGACGAUGCUGAAUCAGAAAUAGCCAGUCCUACUAGGAUAUUGGACUCGCUAACUAAAUCAAAGAACAGUCCCAUGGAACUCUUCAGAAUAGACAGCAAAGAUAGCGCUAGUGAGCUUCUGGGGCUUGAUUUUGGAGAAAAAUUGUAUAACCUGAAAUCAGAACCUUUGAAGCCAUUGUUCUCAGUGUCAGGUCAUGACAGAAGCUUGGAUGCCCUGGAGAGCAAAAUGGCUGUAAAAGCUCAUGACACCAUAAGCAGGGGUUCAAACGACUCUGUGCCAGUUAUCUCCUUUAAGGAUGCUGCUUCUGAUGAUGUAAAUAGUGUUGAUGAAGGAAGGCCUGAUCUUCUCAUAAACUUGCCUGGCAUGCCUGAUGAAACAGAGGAGGCGGCAGCGUCAAGGCCAUCAAAGUUUACAAAAACUGAUACGGACAUCUUGGAAGUAAAAUUAUUAGAAACGCCCGAUGUCUUACAAUUAAAUAAUUCCACAGAGCAAUGCAAGGCAUUUGAUCAAGAGCCAGGUCAUGUGGCACCAGAACUGGGCAAUCCUUCCCACGAGGAAGUAAAUGGACAAAGCGGUGUCACUCAGGGAGCUCUUGGGACCCUCUGUACUUCUGACCAAGAGGUAGGUAGUUCAGAAGAUGGGGCUCUAUUGCAAGGGCCUGGAGCCUGCUCCUUAAACAUAGCAAGCAAAGAAGAAAGUUUGUUUGUUUCCAACCUGCUCUCAGGUGCUCAAGAUGUUAGCUCGGAUGGAGAUACGACAAGAAAUGAAGCAGUGUUGCUGUUUUCCGAUCAAACUGAAGACUUUGGGAAAGAGGAAACAAACCUGGCUUUGUUACCAGGAGCUGAAAGCGAAAACACAGCACCAAAGGGGGAAGACAAAAUAGCAGUACCAGGGGAGAAGGAAAUACAUCAAAUUUUUCAGGACCUCGACGAAAGAUUAGCGAUAACCUCCAGGUUUUACAUCCCAGAGGACUGCAUUCAGAGAUGGGCAGCUGAAAUGGUUGUAGCCCUUGAUGCUUUACAUAGAGAAGGAAUUGUGUGCCGCGAUUUGAACCCAAACAACAUCUUAUUGAAUGAUAGAGGACACAUUCAGCUAACGUAUUUUAGCAGGUGGAGGGAGGUUGAAGAUUCCUGUGACAACGAUGCCAUAGAGAGAAUGUACUGUGCCCCAGAGGUUGGAGCUAUCCUAGAAGAGACAGAAGCCUGCGACUGGUGGAGCCUGGGUGCCAUUCUUUUUGAACUCCUCACCGGGAAGACUCUGGUUGAGUGCCAUCCAUCAGGAAUAAACACUCACACUUCUUUGAGUAUACCAGACCAUGUAUCAAAGGAGGCCAGAUCACUGAUUCAGCAGCUUUUGCAGUUUAAUCCUGCGGAACGUCUUGGUGCUGGCGUUGCUGGUGUUGAAGACAUCAAAUCUCAUCCAUUUUUUGCCCUCAUAGAAUGGGCAGAGCUGGUGAGAUGAGAGAUGUGUGCGCCCUCUGAACAAACUCAGGUCAAGUGGACAGGUUUCUCUGGCACAGAAGUACGCUGACUUGCUUCCUUCGGAUGCCCCAGCUCAUUUGGACAUUGACUAAAGGAUGCCGGACCAAUCAUGCCAAAAGCGAACACUUUUUAACAGGAAUCAUUGAUUGUACAGGGUGCUAGCUUAUUUUUAUGGCAACUGGCUGCUACGUGUGUGUAAAUCUUUUCACCAAAGGGUGAUUUGUGAUGAAACUGCUGGGUAGCAUGUUUAGCACUGCCAGCUUGUCAACUCAAUAGAAACAGGAAUGCCCUCCUGGUGCUUUGUCUGGUGAUGGAAGUGUCUAUAGAGUGUGCCAGUUGAAAAUACCUUUUAUACUGUCAUUAGACCAUUUCGCUACGCUAAGUGCAGCUGUGGCGGGGCAGGGGGAGGAAGGAGCAAAUAAUUUAUUAAUGGUAUAUGCUGAAUAAAAUACUAAAAUGCUUUAUGCAAAACUUGACACAUUAAAAAUAAUAGAUCCAUUAAAAAUUAAGAAAGCUGUUGCAUAAUACUGCGGAAUGUGUCUUGAAAAUGGCAUAUCACUUCAAACCAUGGAAAGAGCGUAUAAAAGGCAAAUAGUCCUGUCAAAUGUUGUACUUUGUUGGCUGGCAAUGUCUGUUUAAAACUCUUGACUCCGUUAUAUUUGACGAGCUACAUGUUAAAGUCACUACAGAAAGGGAGGGAGAUCUUUUCCUCAGUCAGAUAACUGCUGCUUUUGCAAUCUAAUAAGGAGCAAGAAAACACAAUGCUAAAUAAAUAUAUGGAUUAAAAAAGGAGAAAAUCUUCUCUCGUCAUUGCAGCCACCACUCGUCACUUAAUGAACUUCACUUCCUCUAAGUGUCCUAUUUUUAACUGUUUCUUCAGGAAAAAACUUCUCUGCUCAUGCUCUUCUGCUUGAGGAAGCUUCCGAACUCUUCUGUUUGUUUGUUAAUAGUCUUAAUAAAUCAAAGAGAGCCUUCACCCACUCUGCUGCUUGAACAGGAAGAAGCCUGGGAUUUGCUCAUGCCAAAUGACUAAGUGACAUCUCUUAGCAAACCCUAGUGGGUAAGACUUGGGAGCGAGCCAAUGAGCUGACCUGUUUGUUUGUUAGGAAGGUCUGGAGAAUGGGAAAAGAAGACAAGACACGCAGAAUAUUUUGCUGUGUGCUGCUGCUGCUGCUAAGCAGCCAUGCUUGUACGGGUUCCUGACGUACAAACGCUGUGCACUGUGAUGCUUGUAUGGAUUAUGAAUCUCUGCUCUUUCCUAAAUGCUCCCUUUGCUGUCUUUUUUUUUUUUUUUUUUUUUUUUUUUUUUGUACUCUCUCUCUAACUUCUUUCCAGCUUUAUCCGGAGAACAAAGGCCAAACUCCUUUGGGAAAAUGAGGUGACAGCAAUGAUUAUUGAACUUACAACUAAAAAAAAAAAGUAUCCCUCCAUUUGUAUUUUAGCUGUGCAUUUUAUGGGCACUCCCCAAAGUGCAUCUGCACAGUCUCCAUCUGUUAGACACCAGGUCGGUGCAUUCAAAUAAAGUGGAAAAGGAAAAUGCUUCACUUAAACAAAGGAAAUCUGGAAACUUUUUUUUUCCUUUUAAAAUUAUUCCACUCCCCUCUUUUUUUUUGUUUCUUCCCUUUCUUGUGAUCGCCAGGCCAGCAGAGGGGCUGUAACAACACCGCAGGUUGUAACCAGGUCACUAGUAUCACUGCCUACGGAGUGCUGUCCAAGAUUACAUCACUCUCAGAAACUGUGUUUCAACCUACCACCCUCUGGCUUCAUAACAGGAACUCCCUCAGGUGAGCCACAGGAACAACUUCCUGCGCCGAGCGGGUAGGAAAUCUCUACUGCGGACACCAAGCUGAUACAGAGCUUCCUUCCAGCACUGCCCCGGCUGUGACUCUGGAGAGGGCUCGUUGCUCAAGGGACGCCUCCCUUCCCUCUGCCACCUGACUCCGUCCCUGGGGCUCUAGCAUCACCUGAUAGUGUUGUCGCUUGUGUUCAUCUGUCCCACUGCAUUUGCCUGGCAAUAGCUGUAAAAAUAAAAGAAAUUUUUCAUGUUACCUCAAAACGUUUUCUUGUUCAGGUUGAGCCAGCGGGUUGGUUUCAAGUAAAGGCAGUACAAUCUAGGACAGAAGGACAAGCAGCAGCAGGAGAACGCUAUAUACCAGCAGAAACCAAAUGACCAGUGACUCUGACUGCUUUGAUUUAGUUAAUGACAUAGAAAUAUUUAUUUUUGAAGUGCAACAUUAAGUAGAGAGGAAUUCUUAGAUCACAGAGAUCAGAAGAAACAGGACAUUUGGCAAGACAUCUUGCCAUAAAUACACCUUUGCUAUACUUUUUUUUUUCAUAAGCUUACCACUGCCUGAAAUAAUGGAUUUGCUAAAGAAAGCAGAGUCUGGAGGUAACUGCACAUAAGAAAAUCUUCUUUCUAUCCUUUUUUUUUUUUUUUUUUUUACCUGCAUUAUGUUAUAUUGACAUUUACACGUAUUCCUUUAUUUCCUCUGUACUUCUUCCUUUGUACAAUGCUUUUUGACUCAGAAAAUAUUCUGGAUUAUCUUCUUUCUGGUGCCUCCUAUGAAGCUGUGUGGUGCACUUUUCUGUUUUGCUGACUGUUAUGUAGUGCAAUGUCCAUUGCACCUUCCUUGACACCCAAUGGCUGAUUGCAAAACAAACCUGCCAUUUUGUUCUCAGGAGUUACUGAGUCUAUGUAAAAUGCAGCCAAAUAAGCUUAUAGAUUUUCCUUAUCUCCUCUGAGUGUUUAGGUAAAGCAGGUAACACGCUUGGGAUGUCUCAAAGUGAUAAUUCAUUGCACACUGUUGAACCUCUCUUAAUGUUUUUGUUGUUCUCUAAAAACACAGAGAACAAAUAUAUGAAGGCUCUCUGACCUUCUCCUUUUUUCUUCUCUGACCACUUAUUUUUUUCUGAUCUUGGCCUCUCUUUUUUCUGAUCUCCAGCCUCCAAUUCACUGACCUUCUUUGACCUCCUAUGACCAUCAUUUUUCCGACCUUUUCCUCUCCCCCCCACUCCUGUUUUCAUUUUGAAAUCUUGUCCGUGCUCUUCAACAAUCUCUGGCCUGCUGUGACCUUCUCUGACCCUCCUUGACUUUCUCUGCUUUUCUUGGCUCUUCUCUGACCUUCUCUUCUUUUGUCUUCAUGGAUUGCUUCCUUCUAACCUUCUCUUCUCCUCUUUGUCCUUCACUGGUUGUCUCCUCUCUGCUCUGCUCUUUUUCUCUGUGUUGUGUGACCUUCUCUUCACUGACCUUUGACACCCACAACCAUUUUUUCUUUGACCUCUUCUCUCUUCUCCUCUGCUCCCAUUUUCUU